AUGAAUGGAUUGCAAUCUCUGUCAACCUGGAGUACCUACUUCAAUAAUCCAAACUCCGCCCUUCUUGGAGUCGUUGCAUGGUUCGCCGAUCGUUUUGGACGACGGAUUGCUCUUCAAACUGGCUGUGCCUUGAUCGUUAUCGCUGCUAUCAUUCAAACUGCGGCCCAAAACCUUGGCAUGUUCAUCGCUGCUCGAUUUAUCAUCGGAGUUGGCAUUGAGUUCUGCAUGGUUCCUUCGCCAGUAUUAACGACCGAGCUCGCCUAUCCGACCCAUCGAGCAAAAUUCACCAGUCUGGGGUUAACCUUUUACUUUGCUGGAGCAAUUCUGUCUAGCUGGACUACCUAUGCUACCUACCGGAUGGAUUCAUCCACCUGGACCUGGCGUAUCCCUUCUCUGCUUCAGUUAGCCAUUCCGUCGUUGCAGUUUAUAGUCCUUUUCUGGGUUCCUGAAUCUCCGAGAUGGCUGGUUGGCAAAGGCCGGGUUGAGGAAGCAAGGGCAUUUUUGGUGAAAUACCACGCCAAUGGUCAUGAGGACUCUCCACUCGUUGAGCAUGAGAUGCAAGAUAUCCAGCAGCAUAUGCCCUCACAGGGACUGAGGCUUACCUGGCAACAAUUAUGGAAAACAGCAGCCGAUCGCAAGCGACUCGUACUUGUGAUCUAUCUAUCCUUUCUCACUCAAUGGUGUGGUAACGGUGUGGUAAGUUACUACUUGUCAUUGAUCCUUGAUACCGUGGGAAUUACGGGAUCUCGAGAUAAGACCCUCAUCAACGGUAUUCUCCAAAUUGUCAGCUGGGUAGCGGCGAUUAUUGGAAGUCUGCUCGUUGAUCGACUUGGUCGUCGUCCUCUUUGGCUCUUCUCAAUUGGUGGUAUGCUGGUAUCCUACACAGCAUGGACAGUUUGCUCCGCACUAUACACCAAAAAUGAUUCCCCAGGCCUGGCAAAGGCCGUCUUGGUGCUCAUAUUCCUCUUCCAGGUUCAUUAUUCGGUGGGAAUUACGCCUCUUAGCCAGAGUUACUCGGUGGAGAUUCUGCCUUUCCACAGUCGUCAAAAGGUUAUGGCAAUGGCCUACGUUGGCAACAGCUGUGCAAAUAUUUUCAAUUCCUUCGUGUCGCCAAUCGCGCUCGAUGCUAUCGGAUGGAAGUACUAUCUGGUGUAUGUCGCUAUGCUUGUACAGUUCCUGAUUGUUGUCUAUUUCUUCUUCCCUGAGACUCGGGGAUACAAACUGGAAGAUAUUUCCGAGUUGUUUGAGAACAAGGGGAUUUUUCUCGGUCGGGCUAAAAUUCAAGGCAACCUCAACGAGGCUGCGCGCCAAGCAGCGGAGGAAAAGGUGAUGAAAGAGGCAGACGUUGAACUGGUUGAGGAUGUCGUGCUCAGAACCAAGACUGAACCCAAUUCAUAG